AAAAGAAUUCAGUCCGAAUCUGAUUCGUCAUGUCUCAAGUCAAGUGUAACUGAUGCAGCCGAAUAUUUGUUUGUUUGUUUGUUUGUUGCUUGUUGCUAUUUAAUUGGUUAGUCCUCCAUUUGCUAUCGAUGUUUAUCUAUCGGCCAAGGUCCAUGUAGUCUUCGUUUCCAGGCUUAGUUGGUGAUGGCAAUGUGAAACCACAAAACAAUCCCAGAUUGACCAUCUUCAUCAAUGGCAUGAACCAUUCCAGGGAGUCAUUCGCCAGCCGAGAUGGUACGUGCUUGGAGGGCCCAGUAACGCCAUCACUCCAAUAACCCAUUGGAGGUGGGUCAUGGACGCGUUUUUUCCUCUGUGAAUGAAUUGGACAGGUUUCUCAUGGUCUCUCCGAUCUGCUUCUCGACGGCUCGUCACCGUUUGAAGAAGACAUUUGCAAAAGGCAGCCCCAAAUUAAUCUGCAUUUGUUUUUCCAUGUAAGGAUGAUCCUCCCUUAUAUCCAGCAGCGUGUGGACGAGAGUGAGUUUCACGGUGCGCGUGAACUGCUGGCAUUGCUGAAGCGUGAGCUUGCCAUCCGCUCUUCGCUCAAGGAUGGCGAGGGGCAUCCGGAUGUACAGCGAACCCCAAGGACCAUUGCUCACGUCUUGCAACGCAUGAGCUUGGGAAACCUUAUUGCCUUGGUUUGUGGGAAGGAGGUGAGGGGCCAUCUGGUCAUCGAGGCAGCAGAGGCCUAUCAGAUCUUGCGUGCGGAGGUGAAGUAUUUAGUGAGAGCAGCCGUGUGUAAGAUCUAGGAUUGACC